AUGACCUCCCAAAACCACUCUAUGGUGAUGAAAUUCACUCUCUCAGGACUCACAGAGGACCCGGUGCUGCAGAAGGUUCUCUUUGGGGUGUUUCUGGCCAUCUACCUAAUCACACUGGCAGGGAAUCUGUGCAUGAUCGUGCUGAUCAGGACCAAUUCCCACCUGCAGACACCCAUGUAUUUCUUCCUUGGCCACCUCUCCUUUGUAGACAUUUGCUACUCCUCCAAUGUUACUCCAAAUAUGCUGAACAAUUUCCUGUCAGACCAGAAGACCAUCUCCUAUGCUGGAUGCUUCACACAGUGUCUUCUCUUCAUUGCCCUGGUGAUCACUGAGAUUUAUCUCCUGGCUUCAAUGGCGCUGGAUCGCUAUGUAGCCAUCUGCAGCCCUUUACAUUACAGUUCCAGGAUGUCCAGGAGCACGUGUGUCUCUCUAGUCACUGUCCCCUACGUGUUCGGCUUCUUUAAUGGACUCUCUCAGUCACUGCUGACGUUCCACUUAUCCUUCUGUGGCUCCCUUGACAUCAACCAUUUCUACUGCGCUGAUCCUCCUCUUAUAAUGCUGGCCUGCUCUGACACCUAUGUCAAAAAGAUGGCAAUGUUCGCAGUUGCUGGCUUUGAUAUUUCAUCUACUCUGAAUAUUAUAGUUCACAGAACCACAGCGAUUUUCAAGAUAGAGUGA